AUGAACGAAAUAUUAGAUGAUGAUGGUAUUGAAGAAAAUAUAGAUGUUCAUUCAGAAAAUAUAUUACCAGGACAGCCAGAGCGUGGAUUUAAUAUUGGUAAUAAUAAUUCUUCUGGAAUGAUUUCUCAAAAUCCAGUUAUUCAUCAGGUUCAAACAAUUGAUAAUGCAUCUAUUCAACAACAUCUUGAUACUGGUAAUGCAAUCAAUUCUUUCUCAGGUUCAAUUGUUAUAAAUAAUAUUCCAUCUUCUUCUGUUAUAUUAUUCGGUGCAUCACAUAAUUCUUCCAGUCAAGCUCCUAAAAUAGAUGCUGGCACAAAUAAUAAUCUAAAUUUUCAAGCUUCAGGAGUUUGUAGAUCUCCUCAACCAGUGAUUGAUGAUAUACCAUUUGGUGUCCCGCCAGCAUUCACUACAGAAGAGUUAAUCUUCGGAACCAGUACUCCUUAUUCUUAA